AUGCCAUUUCUAAAGUUUCCGACAUGGCACAGCUCAAUCGCAGCCCUCGCCAUACUCGCCUAUUCCCGCCGCCGCCGCCGCCAUGCUCCAUUCCCCCCAGGUCCAAAUCCCCUUCCCAUCAUAGGAAACAUACUUGAUCUCACACCAAGAGAACUCUGGCUUACAGCAUUCAAAUGGGCACGCACAUACGGACCCAUCACACACAUCCGCAUAUUCAACCAAUCCCUCGUAUUCCUCAACACCCCCAAAGCUGUUUUCGACCUUUUAGAUAAGCGUGGGUCUGUCUAUAGCGAUAAACCCCACCUCGUUAUGGCUGGUGAGCUUUGUGGCUGCGAGAAUAUGGCCGCGUUUACUCCGUAUGGGGACCGUGCGAGGAGACAGAGGAAGCUUAUGCAAAAAGCAUUCGGCCCUGCCGUUAUCCCAAUGUAUCACGGGUUAAUGCAGAUCGAGAGCAGACCUUUUUUGUCUAGGUUGGUCAGUAGUCCUCUCCAAUUCCAAGACCAUAUAAGAAGAUACGCAGGCGGACUCACUCUCCUCGUCGUAUACGGCCACCAAGUAAAAUCCAACGACGACCCCUUCCUCAACCUCGCAGAAGAAUGUGUAGACAUCCUUGCAAACCGAAUCGCAAGCGGAGGUGGCAUAUGGCCAGUCGAUAUCUUUCCCGCCCUCAAACACCUCCCCUUGUGGUUCCCUGGCGCAUCUUUCAAGCGCAACGCCGCAAUCUGGAAAGCAAAAAUGGAAGAAUUCGUAGACCGCCCAUACGAAUUCGUCAAAAGCGAAAUUGUAUGCCCCACUCCCUCCCUUCACAUCCCAAAAAAUAACACCCCACAGAAAAAAGGAACCGCCCGUCCUUCCUUUGUAUCCACCCUCCUCGACCCUCCCAAAUCCCACUCCUCCGACGCCUCAUUCGAUUCCUCCUCCUCCUCCGACGCAUCCUUCACCUCCUCAUUCGACUCCUCCUUCUCAUCCGACAACACAACAGUAGCCGAAGACACCGAGGACCACGAUAUCCGAUGGACCGCUAAUUCCAUGUAUUCUGCCAGCAUUGACACAACCAUCACAACCCUCUCCCAUUUCAUCCUCGCGAUGGUCCAACACCCCAACGUCCUCCGAUGUGCGCAAGCAGAGCUCGAUGCCGUCCUGGGAUCAGGAUCGGGCCCAGCAUCGAGAUCGAGAUCGGACCAAGCAUCAGGCCGAGGACCGGGGGCGGGUCAACGAUCGAACCUCGGAGCGAGCCAAGGACCAGGAUCGAGCUCACGAUCAGGAGCAAAGAGGUUACCCACAUUUGAAGAUCGCGCAAGGCUGCCGUAUUGCGAUGCGGUGUUCACGGAGACGCUGAGAUGGGGGGUGCCUGUUCCGCUUAGCCUUCCACACAGACUGACACAAACAGACACUUACGAAGGAAUGCACAUUCCAAAAGGAACACUCGUCUUUGGAAAUAUAUGGGCUAUCAUGCGUGAUCCUCGGUUGUAUCGCGAGCCUGAAGUGUUCGAGCCUAGGAGGUGGUUGGUGCAAGGUGAUGGUGAUGUGGAUGUAGACGGGGUAAGUGCUUGGAAUGGUGAUAGGGUAAAUGAAAAUGAGGGAGAAGGGGAAGAAGGGAAAGAAAGAGAUCCUAGAGCGUUUGUUUUUGGAUUUGGGAGGCGCCGAUGCCCAGGAAACCACCUCGUCGAAUCAUCAGUAUGGCUAUUAAUAACCAGUAUGCUCGCAACCCUUGAUAUACGCAAGGCGAGGGACGAAAAGGGCGUGGAGAUCGAGCCUGUUGUUAGGUUUGAGAACGCUGUUUUUAGGACACCAAGCCCGUUCGUAUGCGAUAUACGUCCUAGGAGCGAGGAAGCGCUGAGGUUGAUUAUGGAGGGCGAGUAG